ACUCAAUGUGGCAGAGUUGGAUUCCUAAGGAUGGAUGCGCCACGCUCUUUGACUACAGUGCUGCUCCUGCUGCUGUGCUCAGGAGCAGCUGCCUUCCGGAUAUGUGCCUUCAAUGCUCAGCGCUUUGCUCAAGGGAAGGUGAACAAACCUAGAGUCGUGGAGAUACUUGUCAAGAUCUUGGCUCGCUGUGAUAUCUCAGUCUUACAAGAAGUGAUGGAUGCAAAAGGAAAGGCAGUGCCUGCUUUGAUGAAUGCCUUGCACCAGUUUGAUGAUCUACACAGCUACAGUUACCUCACCAGCCCUUUACUGGGGCGUGGAAAUUAUCAAGAACGAUAUGUAUUCAUAUACAGGAAUCAGAAGACUCAGAUACUGGAUUACUAUACAUACGAAGACCUGCAUCCAGACCGACCUGAUGUCUUUGCUCGUGAACCCUUUAUCGCCCGUUUCAGCAUGGCAAACAAAGAGCUUCCAGAGCUGGUGCUGAUCCCACAGCACACAAUGCCAUCCAAGGCAGAAUCUGAAAUUGAUGCUCUCUAUGACGUUUUCCUUAAUGUUCAGGAACGCUGGGCCUCAGAGGACAUGAUUUUCUUGGGUGAUUUCAAUGCAGACUGUGGAUAUGUGGCCAAGAAACGUUGGAAAGACAUUCGCCUGCGCCAGAAACCCGGCUUUCAUUGGCUCAUUGGAGACCAAGCUGACACCACCGUUCGAGAGAAGACCCGCUGUGCCUAUGACAGAAUUGUGGUUCAUGGUGAAAGUUGCCUAGAUGCUGUCGUGCCUGGAUCAGCUCGACCAUUUGAUUUCCCCAAGGAAUUUGGACUUUCUGAAGAAGAGGCCUUAGAGAUCAGUGAUCAUUAUCCUGUAGAGGUGGAACUUGUCUCAUCUUGUAAGAAACUCCAGCCAGCUACUUUAGCUGGUCUUGUGUUGCUGACCAUAAUUGUGGUAUCAGACUCAAGGUGUGGCAUAUGAAGCAAGAAGAUGUCUGUUGUGCUAGUCCUAGAACGAUACAGGUGGAGGCUUACCAAAAGGGUACUUAUUACUCUCACAAGAGUACUUGAAUCAAUUAUGUUGGCUCUAGAUUCAGCUUUUAUCUGUGGUGAACCCCUGAUGUUGAGAAAGACUGGGAAAUGGCC